AUGAAGCUCUAUUUGGCCUUGGCCACUCUGGCCCUCUUCGGCACUGUUACCGCCCAAGAGGAAGCUGUUGCUGACGACUCUGUCAACUUCCACGACGAUGCCACCGACGAUGACGUCGCUGCCAAAGAAGACGAAGCCAUCACCCUUGAUGGCUUCAGCGCUGAGGAGCAGGCCGCGCUCCGAGAGUCCUCCGAAACCAUGGCCUUCCAGGCUGAAGUCUCCCGAAUGAUGAAGCUUAUUAUCAACUCGCUCUACAAGAACAAAGACAUUUUCCUUCGAGAACUUAUCUCCAACGCUUCCGAUGCCCUUGACAAGAUCCGACUUAUGUCUCUCACUGAUCACGAUGCUCUCUCUGCCACUGACGAGCUCUCCAUCAAGAUCAAGGUCGAGAAGGACGCCAAUGUUAUCCACAUCACUGAUACUGGUAUUGGUAUGACCCAGGAGCACCUCAAGAAGAACCUCGGUACCAUCGCUAAGUCUGGUACUUCUGAAUUCUUCGAGAAGAUGUCCAACUCCGGAAACGAAGACUCUGCUUCUGAUCUUAUCGGUCAGUUCGGUGUCGGCUUCUACUCCGCUUUCCUCGUUGCCGACAAGGUCGUCGUCACCUCUAAGCACAACGAAGAUGACCAGUACGUCUGGGAAUCCGACUCUCUUGAAUUCUCCAUCGCCAAGGAUCCCCGAGGAAACACUCUUCCACGAGGUACCACUGUCUCGCUCUACUUGAAGGAAGAAGCUGGCGAUUACCUUCAGCAUCAGUCUGUCAAGGAACUCAUCCAGAAAUACUCUCAGUUCAUCAACUUCCCAAUCUACCUCUGGGGAUCCAAGCAGGUCGAGGAAGAAGUCCCAGUCGAAGAAGAAGCCGAUGAGGAAGUCAGCGCUGACGAAGAUGAAGAAGGCAAGGUCGAGGAAGAAUCCGACGAAGAAAAGCCAAAGACUCAGAAGGUUACCAAGACCGUCUACGACUGGGAACUCAUCAACUCCACCAAACCCAUCUGGCAGCGAAAGACCGCCGAGAUCGAUGAGGAGGAAUACGAAAAAUUCUACGCCGCUAUUGCCAAGGACAACACCAAGCCAAUGACUUACACUCACUUCUCCGCCGAAGGUGAAGUCUCCUUUAAAGCCAUCCUCUUUGUUCCCAAGCAAGCCGAACGAGACAUGUUCAACGACUACGGCCAGAAGAAGGGCGAUAACAUCAAGAUGUACGUCCGACGUGUCUUUAUCACCGAUGACUUCACUGACAUGAUGCCAAAAUACCUCCAGUUCAUCCGAGGUGUUGUUGAUUCCGAUGAUCUUCCAUUGAACGUUUCUCGUGAAACCCUCCAGCAGCACAAGCUCCUCAAGGUCAUCAAGAAGAAGCUUGUCCGAAAGGCUCUUGAUAUGAUCAAGAAGAUCGAUGUCGAUGAAUACACCGAAACCUUCUGGAAGCAAUACUCCACCAACGUCAAACUCGGUGUCAUCGAAGAUAACUCCAACCGAACCCGACUCGCCAAGCUCCUCCGAUUCCGAACUUCUAAGGACGACGGUGCAGGAUGGCACUCACUUGAAGAAUAUGUUGAGCGAAUGAAGGAGAACCAGGAGAAAAUCUUCUUCUGUGCCGGUACCUCUUUGAAGGAUGUCCAGAGCUCCAUCUUCACCGAGCGACUCAUCAAGAAGGGUUACGAAAUCAUCUACCUCGUCGAGCCCGUCGAUGAGUACACUAUCCAAGCUCUUCCAGAAUUCGACGGCAAGCGAUUCCAGAACGUGGCCAAGGAAGGUGUCGACAUCGAUGUCAACAAGAGCUUCCUCGAGCGAAUGGAGAAGAAGUACGAGCCACUCCUUGACUGGCUCAAGUCAAAGGCCCUCUUCAACAAGAUCGAGAAGGCUAUUAUCUCCCCCUCUCUCGAAUCUUCGCCAGCUGCCCUCGUCGCUUCCCAGUACGGCUGGUCCGGAAACAUGGAGCGAAUCAUGAAGGCUCAGGCUUACCAGACUGGCAACGACGCUUCCUCCGAGUUCUACGCCAACCAGAAGAAAAUCUUCGCCAUCAACCCCCGACAUCCUCUUUCCAACACUCUUCUCGAGCGAGUUGAAGCUGAUGAUCAAGACGCCGCGGCAGAGGAGAUCGCCAAGCUUCUCUUCGACCAGGCCGCUCUCCGAUCUGGCUACACUCUCAAGGACCCAACUGACUUCGCUGACCGAAUCAUGAACAUCAUGUACGCCAACUUGGACAUCGACCCUGAGACUCCAGUCGAGGAAGAACCCACCGCUGGCGACUGGGAUGAUGAAGAAGACGAAGAGGAACUCGAGGCCGAGGAAGAGGUCGAUGCCUCGUACGAAGCUGAUGAGGAGAUUGUGAGCUUUCCAAAAAAGGGAAAUGUCUUGAUGGUGGUAACCGAAAUCGAAGAAAAAUGCGUCCGUGGGGGCGAAAUCCAGCUCCCAUGGAAGCGUUUAGAAAAAGUAGCAAAGGGAAAUCCCCUGCUCUCGAAAAUGGGAUGGACAAAAGAAAACAGAAAGGAAAUUCGUAAGGUUCUUCAAAAGCUGCCUUUGCCCAAACUUGUCCGCCUCUUUUCUUCUCAAUGUGCCAUUACCUCGCUGCUGAAAGUUGAUGCCUUCCAAUUGGCAAUAGAGUGUUUCCGCCAAGGCCUGCCUUACAACCUAGAAAUCGAGUUCAGUCCCUCUCGAAAUUUGAAUCCGCCUUCCAGUAAGAAACAGAAGCUCUCCUCAAACGCUGACCUUGACUUUCUCUUUCUCCUUCGCGAGCUAUAUCUCCGCCACUCUCCCCUAUGGGCGGAACUGCUCGAUUCUUACUCUGGCGAGCUGAAUGAAUCGCUCAUUCGCUGGAUCUUUGGACUGCGCUGCGGAAAAAUCACUUUGGACUAUACUCAACCCUUUUUUCACGCCGCAAAACGUGCACUCAAUCCUUCCUCUGAAAGUUCCACAUUUCUUCUGCCAGAGCCCGAAAGAAAGAAUUUGACGAAAAAGACUCUUUUGGCUUCCGAAUUUCAAUCCGAAACCGGCUUCGUUUCUAUCUGUGGUAUCCCCAUCCGUUCUGGCUCUUUUCAUUCUCCUGAGCAGCCAUUGAGCAAAUCGCCUUUGAUAAUCGAAAAGUUGCGAGAAGUUUCAAUUGGAAUCUACCACAAGUUACCCGUCUUGCUUGUAGGAGGAGUUGGAACUGGAAAGACACAUUUGGUAAAUACGAUCGCGCAGCAGACACAAAAAGAGCUACUUUCUUAUCAGCUGAGUCCGGAAACUGAUGCCGCCUCGCUUAUCGGCGGGUACAUUCAAGCCAGCGACGGGCAGUUCAAGUGGCGCCCGGGCCCUCUCGCUCUCGCCGCCUCUGAAGGGAAAUGGAUACUUUUGGAAGACGUGGACCAGGCGGGUGGCGACUGUUUCACGUUGAUAGCCCAGCUGAUUGAGCGCAACGUCCUCGCAGUUGCUGGCCACGGUCGGCCGAUCGUGCCCCACGGCGAGUUCUGUCUCUUUUUGACCCAACGCGCUAGCUCGCUAAACUCCUCUGGCCCGUGCAGUUCCUUGUACGUCAAGUGCCAUCUCGUCUCUCUUCCAGAACACACGAAACAGUCCCUCGAGCAAAUUGUCAAAGCACACUUUCCAGAACUGUUGCCCCAAAUCCUCUCCCUUCCUGUUCAAAUCCUCAAUGCUGUCGAAGCUGCUUCAAAUGGACAAAUUCUAAACAGGCGACUUGGAGUCCGCGAUUGUCUUUCCUUCGCCAGGCGACUGUCAAAAGCUCGUUCUAGUGCUGCUUCUGGUAGCACUCAAGUUGCUCACGCGCUACUCGACGCGAUCGACAUUUUCGCCGCACAUCUUCAUAAAAGAGAAGAAAAAACGCUUUUCUAUCGGCGAAUUUCGGAUGUUCUUUCGGCGAACAAAGAAACCCUUCGCGCUCUUCAAAAUGAUACCCUUUCGCAUGAUCCGGUGGAAUUUCUGCUUGAUAAAUAUAGACCAGAAUUAGCGGAAGAAAAUGGAUUAAUCGCUGGAAGGGCGAAAAUAGGCGUGAGCGGAGAACUUGACCAGAAACAACUAAAGCGCUCUGGGAUGGUUCCAACGAUGAUCCACUCUCGGAUUAUCGAGCAAGCAGUCUUGGCAAUCAACAAUCGAGAGCCAGUUCUUCUGGUCGGCGAAACAGGAACCGGCAAAACAAGUUGCAUACAGUACAUCGCUGCGCGAACAGGCAACAAUCUCCGAGUAGUGAACAUGUCUCGUCAAUCGCAAGCUUCGGACCUUAUCGGCUCUUUCCGCCCAGUAGACGCUUCCGCAAUCAUGCGACCCGUAUUCGCUCGUUUCCAUCAACUGAUGAGUAACACCUAUCCACAGAACGAAGCUGUUCUUUCUCAACUGGGCGUCGCCUUCAAAAGAAACCAGUUCGAAGACGUGCUUCUUCCAAUGAUGAAACAUGUUUCUACCAAAGCCGCUGGGGAAGAUACUCAACUGAGCGCGGCGGCGAGAAGCGACUGGAGCAAAUUCGCAGCAUUGUUAGAAGAUGCCGAUGUGCGGAUACGAAACAAGCAAAUUUCCUUCGCUUUUGUCGAGGGCGAACUCGUUCAAGCCGUCAGAAACGGCGACUGGCUUCUUUUCGAUGAAAUCAAUCUCGCCCCAGCCGAGCUGCUCGAGUCAAUCUCUGGACUGCUUGAUUCAGGCUCUCUUUCAAUUGCGGAUAUUUCUGAGCCCGUGAUAACUCAUCCAAACUUCCGAAUCUUUGGGUCAAUGAAUCCAGCUAACGAUUACGCAAAAAAAGACCUGCCGGACUCACUGCGAAACCGAUUCACUGAACUGUACGUUCCAGAAGCAAACAGCGAGCAGGACAUCUCCCAAAUCGUCGUUCACUAUCUCCCUGGUCUACGCGACAAAGCAGCCAUUCGAAACAACCUCGUUAAGUUCUAUUUAAAAAUACGCAACGAAAAGAGCAUCCGGGACAUGAGCGGCAAGGCAACAACGUUUUCUCUACGAACCCUUUCCCGCUGCUUGCAAUGCGCGAGGGACGCUUUCGGAGCAACUCCAAGUGGCAUUUUUCAAGCGUUACAGUUGGCCUUCGUCUCGGGCCUGGACGACUCCUCCACGAAGCUGGUAGAAGCAAUGAUUGAAAAAUACAAAUUCAAAAGUUCAAAAUCGAGAUUAGUUCAACCGGACCCAGGCGUACCUCACGUCACAAUCAAAAACUAUCACAUCUACCGAGGGGACGAAGCAGAGCUUUUCGUGGAUAAGAAAUUCAUCAUUACAGAGACUGUCGAUCAAAAUUUGAGAAACUUGAGUCGCGCCAUUUCAGCGCGCAAUUAUCCAAUUCUGAUUCAAGGUGAAACCUCAACAGGCAAAACCUCGCUGAUCAGCUACUUGGCAAAAGCUUCCGGCAACAAACUGAUUCGAAUUAAUAAUCAUGAACACACUGACUUACAGGAAUAUGUUGGCUCUUACUUACCUAAGUCCGACGGUUCACUCGUCUUCUCUCACGGGGCUCUAGUCAAAGCGAUGCGAAAUGGGUGGUGGCUCUUGCUCGAUGAGCUCAACCUGGCGCCGGCAGAUGUUCUCGAAGCUCUGAACCGAGUUCUGGAUGACAACCGCGAGCUCUUCAUUCCCGAAACAGGAGAAGUAAUCAAAGCACAUCCUCGCUUCCAACUCUUCGGAGCCCAGAAUCCAGCGGGCGUCUAUGGUGGAAGAAAACAACUUUCGCGCGCAUUCACAAACAGAUUCGUUCAAAUGGAAUUCUCUGAACUGCCCAACAACGAACUCGAAGUCAUCGUCGCCGAAAAGUGCGACCUUCCGCUCUCAAAGUCCAAAUUACUGGUCGAAGCUGUUUCUGAGCUUCGAAAGUUGAGAAGAGAUUCUGAUGUUUUUGGCGGCAAGAAUUCGUAUGCAACGUUGCGAGAUCUCUUCCGAUGGGCGGACAGGUACUCGAAAGAGAAAGAAAUGGAAUAUAACGACUGGGAUCUGCACUUGGCUCUUGACGGUUACUUUCUCCUCGGAGGACGUUGCAGAAGCAAAAUUGAAUCAGAAAAAGUAAAGGAGGUUUUGGAACGCGUCUUCCGCCGAAAAUUAGGAACGGACGAUGAAAUUUUCUCACAAAAUCGACUUGAAGGGGAUGGAAUCAUCGAACGAACGAGACAAAACGCGGCCCAAGAAAAAGUUCUAAAACGAUUUUACUGGGGCGAGAAGUCGCGACGGAUGGCUAUUUUGCUUGAGAGAUGUCUCAAAUUCAAUGAGCCUAUUCUGCUCGUCGGGCCAACCGGUUGUGGAAAAACAACGAUUGUCCAGUUGCUCUCACCACAAGGGUUAAGCAUUAUGAACUGUCACCAGCAAACUGAAGCUAGCGAUUUUCUUGGCGGGUUGAGACCCGUUCGUGAAAAAGAUUUCACCGACACAGCCUCGAAAGCGCUUUUCAAGUGGAGCGAUGGACCGCUCGUUGAAUCGAUGAAAAAUGGAAGCGUUCUCCUCGUUGACGAGAUUUCACUGGCGGACGACUCAGUUCUCGAACGAUUGAACUCAGUAUUGGAGAGAGAAAGGACUCUCGUUUUGGCAGAAAAAGGGAUUGUCGACGUUGCCGACAAGGAUUCUGCCUUGGAUGUCUUAACAGCAAGUGCGGGUUUCCAGUUCGUUGGGACGAUGAAUCCAGGCGGUGAUUAUGGAAAGAAAGAACUUUCGCCCGCGUUGAGAAAUCGAAUGACAGAGAUCUGGUGCGAACCACCGGAUACGGAAGAAGAGUUUGCUCGAAUCAUCCAAAACGCGCUAAAAAGAAAAGCAACGGCGAAGAAGAUCUCAGCCGCGAUUUGGGAAUUUGUCCAAAUUCUCAAACAAGAUUCGACGGUCGGACAACAAGUGGUCUUCUCUGUUCGAGAUGCGUUGGCCUACGCGGAGUUUAUCAAUGCGAUGGUGGAACGGGUCGAUAACGAGCGGCAUUCUUUUGGAGAAAUCUUCUUCGACGCUUGCAGAGCUGUGCACUUGGACUCGAUCGGAUGUUCCGGCUUCGAUCUUGCUGUUGAUCAAGUCGAAAGUGUGAAAAUGAGGCUGGAAAGAAAACUUUCCGAAAUCAUAGGGAAGUAUUUUGAAGACGGAACUUCAAGCGAAUCAGUUUUAGUUUUCAACGAGCCGCAAUGUCUUCGCGGCUUGAUUCCAGUGGCGCCGGGCCCAAUUGAACCCAAACAUCCCAAUUUCAUUCGAACUUCGUCCGUUGCUGCGUCGACAACCAGAAUCGGCCGCGCUCUUCUCCUUCCUCGCCCGAUUCUCCUUGAAGGAUCGCCAGGCGUCGGAAAAACAUCAAUUGUUGCGAGUUUAGCUUCAAUGUGCGGCUAUCAAGUGACCCGUAUUAAUUUGUCGGAGCAAACGGAUGUAUCCGACCUUUUUGGCGCUGAUUUGCCGGUCGAAGGUGGUCAGGGAGGUCAGUUUGAAUGGAAAGAUGGGCCGCUGCUGAUUGCUCUCAAGUACGGACACUGGGUGAUCUUGGACGAGUUGAAUCUCGCUUCUCAACCGGUCUUGGAGGGUCUGAACUCGGUUUUUGAUCAUCGAGGGGAACUAUUUGUGCCUGAACUCAACAAAACUUUCCAAAUAUCUGGUAAAGGUUGUCGCUUCUUCGCCUGUCAAAAUCCCCGAGUACAAGGCGGAGGACGAAAAGGACUACCAAAAUCAUUUGUGAAUCGCUUCACAAGAGUUUACUGCAACGAGCUCACUUGGCUGGACUUAGUAAACAUCGUCUAUGCCACUGGUCCAGAUGUUUGCCCUGCUGGUAUGAAGCUCGACCAUUUCGACAAAGAAUUUCUCGACAAAUUCCGUGAAGAAAUUGAAGCUGUUGAGUUAUCUCGCACACUCGCUUUGAAUCCGGUUCAAAAUGCUCCAACUUACCGAGAUGCAAAAGCCACGAGAGCAAUGCUUAUCGCCAUCGUCCACGCUAAUAACGAAGCUUGCAAGUAUUUGGAAUACACUUCGCUCCGUGCAGAGCUCAAUCUCCGAGACAUAAGAAGAUUCGUCGAAUUACUCGGCUCUGGAAUAAGUUUGGAAAGAGCGUUUAAUCUCAUUUACAUUUCGAGGCUUAGAAAUAAAGCAGACGCAAAAAUGUUAGAAGAUAUCUUUGAAAAAUGGCUGUCUUUACCUGAACUUGAGAGUCAAGAUCGUCUCUCCCCAUCUACCGUUACUAAAGACAUAAAAGAAUAUGAAGAAACGAGCGCAGAUUCUGUCCGAUUCGGAGUCUCGGAAAAUCAUGUUCGAUACGCGCGCCGUCAAGUUACGUCUCUUCCACCGCCGGUGCUGAAUUUAACCGAACGAAAAGUGCUGGAAGACAUUUUACUGGCGACUCAACAUGGGUGGAUGGUCCAGCUCGUCGGAGAAGCUGGAAGCGGAAAAAGUACCUUGGUCCAACUAGCAGCCGAUCUAACUCGUCAGCGACUGCGACUAAUGUCUCUUUCACCGGCGACGGAUGUGACUGAUUUACUUGGCGCUUUUGAACAAUAUAAUUUCGAAGAAACAUACGAAAGUGCAUUUGAUAUCUUCCGCGGAAAAGUCCGAGACUUGCUCAACAUCAACGAAAAUUCGAAUUCAAUUCAUGAAGAGUCAAUCCUCGAAUUGAUGAAGCUCCUUGAUGAAAAAACGGAAAACGCAGCAAAUGUUCUUUCAAGAAUCGAGUCAAUACUGAAACGCAGCAUUUCCAAAAACGAGCAACUUCGAACAUCAAUCGAAAGAUUAAGAAGUCUACUGAAAGAUCAGCGCCAUUCCGAUCGAGGUAGUUUCCGAUGGGUGGACUCUGACCUUGUCAAAGCGGUCGAACAAGGCGACUGGCUGGUGCUUGACAACGCGAACCAGGCUUCAGACGCGCUGCUGGACAGACUGAACUCCCUUCUAGAACCCGACGGUACUUUAUCGAUCAUCGAGCGAGGAAACGUCAAUGGCAAAAUCGUGACUAUCCGUCCUCAUCCCGAGUUCCGACUCUUCAUACUUGUCGACCCAUUUUACGGCGAACUCUCUCGUCCGCUACGAAACCGGGGUGUCGAAAUUUUCAUGCACGAGCGCCAACCUUUCGAGCACCUUUCUAUCGGAGCCACUCACUGCCGAGAUCAAGAAAUUGCCAAGUCACUUUAUCAAUCACUUUCAAGUGAUAGUCGAACUCACAAAAAAUUCGCCGGCAUCUUUUUCAGCGGUUGUCGUCGCUAUUCCAUCGAGCGCGCUUGCGCAAGCUCAGAAAAAAAUGCCUUCAACUCAGCUCUUCAACAUUGCCUUCUUCUUCUCAAACGCUCGAGCGAAACUUCCAGUGUCGAAGCUGUUUCAGUAAAUCUUCCGAUUGUUGCUCCCGCGGCGCCUGCUUCCCUACUCGAAUCGAUUCCUUCGCUCUUCAAAGCUCUAGAAUGGCACAUUGUCACGGAGAUCGCACCACAAUUCGAGCAGCAACUUGAAAUUCCUCGAUACAAGGAGCGCUUCAGUUUUAAACAAAUCGUCUCUCGUGAGCUAAUGCAACUGAUGAGGAAGGAAGAGAUCUUCAGCGCGUUUAUUGGGUCCAGCGAGUUCUCGAACCGGGAAGAGAAAAGAGCAGAAAUACUGGAAAAAGCGAGUAGUUGGACAUUCUGCAGUGAUCUUCAAGGUUUUAUAACUACCCGUUUCGCGGACUGGAUGAACAACGACCCCGUGGAAAUCGACAGAAAACAUAAUUUCAAGAGCGGAACUUUACUGGGAGCACUGCGGGAACGAGGCGACAAAGCACGAAUAGGAUUGAUGAGUCCAGUAAUCGGAACUGUUCUUGGACUGUUUACCAAGCAGUUUCUCUUUGAGAAUGAGACGAAACUGAUAACUCUCUACUACUUUAUUUAUUUAAUUCGAAGAGUAACACCUGAGGAUCUUUCGCUUGCGCCUUUCUUCGCAAGAUGGCUCCUCCAACUUUUAGAACAGUAUGAUGCAGAGUUGGACAGCGAAGAAUUCAAGCUUAUUCGAACAGAGAUUGUCACGUUGAAAGCCUUUAUUUCCAGCGACCGUUUCAUAACAAGCGAUGUUUUGGAGUCUCCCACUUUGAAUUCGGUCUCUCCUUUCAAAAGCCAACUAGAAUUCGACGAAUUAGUCAAGUUAUCCAGCAUCGUUGAAGCUCUCAACGACGAACCAAAAAAAAUUAAUCGCAAGGAUUCGAAUGCGCGAAUACCCGGCCAACUUCUCGCCAACCUUGCUUACAUUUCACAGUCGAUCGAGUCUUCCUACAUCCCUUCGGAUGUGUCUAUCAUGGCCUACAUUUGUUCAAAUCCGGAGAUGUUGAACUACCAGGCAAAAGGCCAGCUGGGAUUCAAAUGUUUCGCAGACAGUAUUUUCGGUAACGAAGUUGAAUGGAAGUCAAACCGAUUUGGGCUGCUGACUCUCGUUCCUAUCGGCCAUUACGAACAAUUCAGGGAACGAUUCAAGCUCACUUCCGCCCGUGCUUGGCGAAACAUGACAUUCGCUGAGCCAAAAUCAUCUAGCGAAUUAACUGGUGAGCUGAACUCGAUUUUGAAUGCGCUUGCGCCUCUACGAGCAAUGCCCACGAUUGAUCCAGUCAUAGAAGCUAAUUUCAAACACUCGUCAAGUCAAGCAAUGGCUGCCUAUCUCGAAGAUCUGAAGCAGGCGCUCACAUUCAUCAAACACAAUACUGGUCUUGUCUUCGAAAGCAGAACACUCCAAAUUCAGAAACAGAGCGACGAUCUGAACGAAAACCAACUUAAAGUACUCGCGUCCAAAGUGGGUAUCAGAGCUGCCCACGAUGAGUAUCUCCAACUGCGGCAAGUGGUUGUCGACUUCAUCGACCACACUGUGAUUCCAACUAUGGAGGAUAAUUCAGGCAACAGCGUCAAUGAAAAUUUAAUCUUGUCUUGUUCCGGCUUCUUGAGCAUUUUGCAUCGAUUUGUUUGGUAUCCAGACAUUGUUGUUCCCAUUUCGAAUCUAGUCACCAGCUUGGUUUAUGUAGCAAAGCAAAUCAUCGCGAAACAGCUUGCAACUGUAUCCUCGUCUGAGGAAAAAGAGGAUCAUGUUUCUUCGAUAGAACCUUCUCUUGAAGCGUCUCUUGUACGAUUUGACGAAGCAGAAGUGUUCGAACAGCAGAAUUUGUGUUCAGCAAUAAACGAUUUUGUCAAUCAGUGGCUAGCAAAGAAAGAAGAAAUCGAAGCGCGAAAAGCAGAGGAAGAGUCUCAAUUCAAAUUCAAAAACAUCGACCUCGGUCAAAGUGUAGAGGAACAAAUGGAAGAGGAAGAACAGGAGUAUCACGAGUUCUUCCAAAGCGACAAUGAGUUCAAAUCAGAAGCGGAAGGACCAAAAGCAGCCAAGGAAUGCGAGCUUGAGAAUUUCGCAAAAAUUGUAGAGCUGUUUUUGAAAACUGAUUUGAACGUCAACAGCGCGGUCAAAUCGGCGAACAAGUUCCAGCUCAUUCGAAUUUUCAACGAUCCAGAAAGCAUGAUCGAAUGUGAUCACGUGAUAGUUCCGCCUCUGAUCAAGGACAAACACCACUUCGACGAGAUCGACGCUUUUGUGGACUCCGAUUCCGACGUUUACCGGCGCGCAAAUCCAAAAGAAGCUGCUUCAGUGUGUGCCCCCUUGAGAGCACUGGACGAGCGCGUUUCAGAGCUUCAAGUUCAGUUUGACGACCAUCCCACACUAGUUUCCAUUCGCAAAAUGACGGCGAAAGUUUUGGAGUUGCCGCUUUUUGCGCCAGUAAUUUCGCUUUGCACAGGCAUUGAGAUGGUGCUUUCCCGAGUCAAUGACUGGCAUCAAAACGCGCCCAAACGCCUAUCUCUGCAAACAGAAACAGAUGCUCUUUGGAACAUGGUCGUCGAAUGGCGAAAACGUGAGCUUCAUCAGUGGAAGGCGAUCCUGGAGACGUCGAUCAAUCUCGAAGCACAGAAGUCAAACCACCUCUUUCCUGAAAUCUGGAGAGUGGCGACAGCGGAGGACUCAAGCGAGGAAAAUAUCCGACUCAUGUGCACUUCGUUUUUGAGCAGCGCCAACUGCGCCAACUUCGCAAGGCGCAUCAGUCUACUUCGCCGCGUCGCCAAAAUCGUGGAAAAACCGUUCACGAAACUGCUCAUCGAAAAUAUCUGCUCAUUUUACCAACAGUUCAUGCCCAACAUUUUGAAACAGACAAAUGCAGUCAAAAACUCAAUCGAGAAAGAACUCAAAGAAUUUGUCGCCAUUCAGCGCUGGAAAGACAUCAACUUCUACGCGAGAAAAGAAGCCGCCACGAAGAUCAGACGACAACUCUUCAAAUUCGUCAAAAAACUAAAAGAAAGUUUGGUCGACAGGACGGCCGUUGAGCUCUUCAAAGUCGACCAUGAAUCUAUCAGACUUCCACAAGUUCAAAAUGUGGAGAUUUUCAUUCCGCUUGAGAAAAACGAACCUGUGGAAUUUUCAGUUGAAGGAGACGUUCUCUCCCAGCAUCCGCGAAUUAUACCCAAAAUGAACAACUACUCCAAAGCUGCAACAGCUCGAUUCGAGAAGUUCAACGCCCAAUUCACUGCCGAAAUCUUAGAAACAACUCAAGACAUAAAAGAGCGCUUUGAUGAGCUCGCUUGCGAAACUCAGAAAAUCCCUAGCGAUGGCGACCGAGAAAAAAGAAUCAAAAUGGUCAAGUCUUUGCUUACAAAGAAGCGACGAGCCCUCUUCGAUUUAUUCUCACUCACGAAAGAGGCCGGUCUCAGCUUCAAACGCGGCCUCAAUCGCUCCAGAGAAGAGACAAUAAUUUCCGACUGGUUUUACAUUGAAAGCGAAACUCUUUCCAAAAACCGCCUUGUUCAAAAGUUACUCGAUGUGAAUGAGGCUAAAAAGCAUCCAGACAAAGCGGUUAGCAAAAAUGAGUCUGAUCGGCUCAUCGGCUACACCUUCCACCUUGCAGCAGUUUCCAAGACUAUUGCCCAAAACCGAAAUUCUCUCGAAAGACAAGUCAGCAAAUUAGAACAAAUUUACAAAGUCGCAGAAACAGGAACGUUUUUGGAUCUGGAAGCUGAAUAUGGUGUGCUCUCGGGAAGAUUAUCGAAUAUGAUCUUUGCAAUCGCGAAUGUAUUGUUGUAUCUUGAUUCUGCCCCCGAAGAGAUUUCCACCUCAAGAUUGGACAUCAACGACGCUCCAUCUAUCGGAAAACUUACGCUUCCGCAGCUUCGACAAAUUCAUGAUUUCCUUUCUCAAAUGAGAAGAAAAUGCGAGGAACUGAAAGGAGCGCUUGGCACGAGCGAGACUGACAAUCACAUCGACCGAGCUAACCGAGUCCGACAGCUGAUCCAAAAUUAUUUCCGACCAUUGUACAACAAAGAACUUCCGAUACUAGAGGAAGUGCGGCAAAUCCACCAAACCUCCAAUCGUAGCAUAGAAGAUCUCAAUUUGUUCUUUGCUGCCAUUCGAAAACUCGAAGGAAGCGUCUUGAUGACAGAGCAAGUGAUCAACGAACAGAGCUCGUCCGAGACACGACUUACCGACUGCAGCCAAAAGCUGAACAAGUUCUUUGCCGAAAUCACAUUUGCUUUCCAGAAACUCGUUAAAAUCCAGUCAGAAGGAGGGGCGCCAGAGAAGUUAUUUCAGCAGCAAGGACUUUUGGCAAAUAUGCUCGAGUCCUUCACCCUCUCAAAUGACGUGUUUUCUAACUUUUGCGAGUUUUUCAGAAGCGUUAACGGAAAUUGCCCCGAGUUGUCAGUUUUUAUCACAAGCCUUGUUCAUCCUUGGAUUCAACUUUCCAAGUCGAUGCUUUCCUAUUUCAAGCAAAUGGAACAGUUUAACUUUGCCUUGCUAGAUCAGCUUACAACUAUCUCUUUUCUCGUGCUCAGCCGCGGUUUUUGUCUCCCCGAAGACAUUGCCGACGAUGUUUUGGAGCAAGAAGGCGAGGAGAUCGGCGGAGGCGGCGCUGGCGGAGGGGAAGCCGGUACAAACGAUGUCACUGAAGAAUUCGACGAAGAAGACCUUGACGAUCCUCUUCCAGGCGAUUCUAAAGCCGAGAGAAAUGAGAAAGACCAAGAUCGAGGUGAAGGAAUCGACAUGGAGAACGGAAUGGACGAUGCCGACGAUGUAGAGGAUGUCGAAGAUCAAGACGAGAAUGAAGCUCAAGAAGAAGAAGAGGAACCCCUUGAAGAUGAAAUGGGCGACCUCGGAGACGAAAAUCUGGCUGAUAAAAUGGACGAAAAGGUUUGGGGUGACGAAGACGAUCGAGACGAGAUCGAGGAAAACAAAGAAAAUAGAGAAGAAGACGGAAAGGGCGACGAGCGAGAGCAAACUCAGGAGCUUCAAGCGAAAGAUGAUGGCCUAGCGGAUGGAGCUGACAACGAAAAAGAUGAAACGCUUCCUGAAGCUGAACCAGAAGAAAACGGCCCGGAAGAAGGCCCAUCCGAUGAAGAAUUGGACGAUCAGGGGGAUGAAGGGAUCCUAGCUUCUGCUGAAUCUCCCACUUCUAGCGUACAAGACGAGUCAGAAUUCAACGCGGACGAACAAGCGCAGCCGCCCCCUGAGAACUUCGAAACAGAAGCACCAGAAGUCGACGAUGUUGAUUUCGAAGAAAAAGAUGACGGUGAGAAUCAAGACGAAGAAUCAAAGCAGGAUGAUGAUGAUGGGAUCGAACUUGACGAUGCUCCGCCUGAAGGAAUGAGUGAUGCAGAGGGCGAAGAAGAAAACACUGAUAACAACGAAAAUAGCAAAGAAAAUGAAGAUCAAGAAGAGGAAGAAGAUGCGGAUGAAGGCGGAGACAAAACAGAAAACGCUGAUGAUGAUCAGACAACUGAAGAUGAUUUGAACAAAGAUAUUUCUGCUCCUCGUAAAGGCGAAACACCAAUGGCCGAAAAUCAGCAGAACCACGAGAGAGCAGCGGAAACUUGCGAAGCAACUGAUAUGGAGCAGGACAAUGGAGAUAACACUGGAGGCGAAGAGGCUUCUGGAGAUCAGACUGGCGCAUCGGAGGACAAAUCUGAUGGAACCAAAGGCAAUCAGCAGACACAGGUUGAGCGGCCAAAACCAAAAAGAGGCGAUGAAAAAUCAUCAGAUUCAGCUGAGCUGGAAAAACACGAAACAAAGGAAAAAGAGUCCCAAGUGGAAAAUAACGAAGAGGAGCCAGAAACUGGAGUUGAAUUCGAGCGUGACAACGCUGCGAAAAAAGAAGUUCUUGACGAAGCAGAAGAAGGAACUCGGGAACAAAUCGAACGGAUGGAAAUCGAAGAUGGGGAAAAAGAGCAAAAAGAGGAGCCGAUGGAGGUGGAGCACGAGCCAAACUCGAAGCUUGAAUCGAAGUCCGGUGAGAAAGUUGAUGAGGAAAAGGUCAAACAUUCGGAAAAUGACGAAGACGAGAGCAAUGAAACGGGAAAUGAGGAUGUCGAAAUGCAGGAAGACAAGGAAGAGAGGGAGAAUGUUAUUAUGACGAAUCAUUUGCAGAAAAGCUCGUUGGAGAAAAAGAUGCGCGACUUGGAGAGCAUCGAGCGUCACAUCCCCGAAUUGAUCGGAAUGAAGCCAGCUGGUGAAGAGGCGCAAAUGGCGUGGAGAGGAAUCAACAUGCUCCAAGCGUCCCAAGCGCAGAGACUGGCGGAACAGCUACGCCUCAUUCUUGAGCCGAAGAAAGCUUCUGCACUGAAAGGUGAUUACCGAACUGGAAAGCGGCUGAACAUGCGAAAAGUAAUUCCGUACAUCGCCUCCCAAUUCCAAAAAGACCGUAUUUGGCUGAGACGCACGAAACCGCGAAACAGAAAUCACCAAAUUGUGCUUGCUCUCGAUGACUCGGAAAGUAUGAUCGACAACAAAUCCAAAAAGCUGGCUUUCGAGUCACUGGCGUUGGUUUCCUCGGCGUUGAAGCUAAUUGAAAUCAAGAAUUUGGGCGUUUUUCGCUUCGGUGCUGAAACAGAGUGCAUACUUCAACUGGGUGACGAGUUGAAUGACCAAGUAGGUGGACAUAUCAUCAGCCGCUGCACAUUUGAGCAACAAGCCACUGACAUGGUGAAAAUGCUGGAUUUUGCUCGGAGGAGCUUCAGAGAAGCGGACAGCGAAGGGGUCGCUAGCAAAUUGCUGAUUGUGAUAACAGACGCGCAAGGCAUUUUCAAACAGGGUCGGGAAGCCGUGGCCGAUCAAGUCAAGCUUGCUCGCCAGCGAGGAAUGAUGGUGAUGCUUGUCGUUGUUGACAAUGGCGAAAAAUCUAUUACGGAAAUCAGGUCGGCAACGUUCAAAGAUGGAAAAGUAAGCUGGAAGUCUUACCUUGACGAUUUCCCUUUUCCCUACUAUGUGAUCUUGCGGAAUGUGGAGAGGCUUCCGGAAGCGAUCGCGAAUGCGUUGCGGCAGUGGUUUGAAAUUUUGGAGUCUGAAUCUUGA